AUGUCGUUUUUCGGAUUCGACACGAGUGGUCCGCCAAAGGCAGACAAGGACCUUCAAACGUUAGACUUUGAAGACACCUACGAAGGUCUAGGAGAACACCCCGAGGAAGAAGAAGAUGCCUUCAACGACGAAACCUUUGGUGCUGAUAUCAAGACAGGUCGCGACUUCGAUUUUGGGACAGCGCAACCACAGGCUCAACACCUGAGUUAUGCACAAGCAGCCCAGAAGCCUAUAGUUGAAGAUGUGUUGAAGCCAAUGGCAUCUCUUUGGUCAGACCAGACAGUGCCGGAGCAGCAGCCACAACGUGCGCCAACAAGUGGACCAAAGGUUCUCUCUUUGGAAGAAAUUGAAGCCCAACUGAUGGGAAGACCAGUCCAGCCACCUCAGAUGAUGCAACCACAGAUGUAUGGCCAGAAUGGGUAUCCGUUCAUUAUGCCUCCAAAUGUGAACCCCCAGCAGUUCCAGCAGUUCCAGCAGCAAUUUGGUGGUCAGCUUCCUCCUGGAUUCAUGUUUCCACCUCAAGGGUACCCGGGUCAACCGCCCAUGUUCAUGCCAGGCAUGCCAAAUCAACAGGGUAUUCCUCCUCAAUUGCAGCAACAGCAUCUGCAUCAGUUCCAGCAAGCUCAGGCUCAACAGGCCCAGCAAGUUCCUGCUCAGUUUCAGGUUCAGCAUGGCCAACCACAGGGCCCUCCACAGGUUCAACAGGUCCAGCAACAACAACAACAACAACAACAACAAGCUCAACCAGUUCAUCCUCAAGCUCAAGCUCAAGCUCAAGCUCCAAUUCCGGCUCCAGCUCCACAACCUCAGGCUCCAGCUCAGCCUGCUGAGACCCAAGCUCAGGCUCCAGCUCAGACCCCUGCUCCCUCCCAACCACAGAGUGCGCCAAGAGCACAAGCUUCAUCUAACGGCCAGAAGUUGCCUCUAGACGAGUUUCCAGUUUUGGGCUCUGCAUCUGUUCGUGAGCACCCAACUCAACCUGCCCAACAACAGAGCUACCAACAGAGACAAUACUCGCAACAUUCACAAAAUCCACAGUAUCUGCAGAACCCGCAGAACCGUGGCAGGAUUCAAAGACCAAGACAAGAUCUCACUCCUGAAGAAAGAGAGAAGCUGAUCAUAAGAUCAAACAAGGUUGCGCGCAUCACUCGUAGCUCUGGCUUUAUGACUCCAAGAGAUAAGGACUUCGUGACCCGGUUCCAGCUUUCGCAAAUCGUUUCGCAGGAUCCUUUCAAUGAAGAUUUUUACCACCAGAUUUUCAAGAUUUUGAGAAAUCCGGGCGGAGGUGCUGAGGACAUGUCCUACAUUGCGCAGAAGUACCUUGACCAAUCAGGUCACAGACUUGGUGGUAAGAACAGAAGAGCAGAUGUUGCUUUGCAGAGGAUGCAGCAACAAAUAUCCAAGGCCGUUACUGUGGCGAAGGAGAGAGGAGAGAGAACCGGUACCUUGGCACGUGAGGGUGCUCUUGGAAAGGUGAGUAUUGGCUCCAUUCGUCAACCACGCAAGCAACUUGUUGUUAAGCGCAGCGAGAACGCUACCGAGGACGAGCUCAAACAGUUGAACCGUAACCCAGCAAAAAUCUCCAAGUUCACCAGACAAGCCCAGCUCAACAUCAUCGAAAAAGUUUAUUCAAUUUUGCUCGGCUUGGAGACUCUUGAGAGGGAAGCCAAACCUAUUUCAACAGAAGAGCUCUUUGAGGCUUUGCAUGUCUUGGAUGUGGUCUCCGAUGAAGAGGAACAUCCUUUCAUUUCCUUGCUCGGUUAUGAAAAGGGAAUGAGACUCUUUUCCCGUUGUUUCCACCUGUUGACUCCAGACCAGAAGAAUGCUUGUUUGCUCUGUCUCUUUGGCAAUCUGCAGAAGCUGAAUGUUGUUUUGAGAGGCUCUUACAAGAACUACGAGACAUCCAACUUUGUGAUUCCAGAGGCUGUUGAGAAAAAGAUUAACGUGUUCCAGAUGACAGUGAUGAAAACUCUCGUCUUAUACAUCUCGGAGGCGAGCUUCGAGCAGGUCCUCCGCUUCAUCAUCGAGCUUGAGAGCUCCAACAGCGUUUUGUUUGUAUGUACCUCGAAGAUUGGAUUGUCACUUAUCACCGUGCUGAUUUCGCGCCUUGAACUGAUCAAGCAGGAGUCCAAUGCCAAUUUGUCAGAGGCUGAACUCGAGGCCUGGAGCCUCACUUACGACAAGCUUUUUGCCAACCUCGAAGAGAGAUUGGUUUUGAUCUAUCCACCAACCCUGUCUUCAUCGAAAUCGGCCUCGUUUAAGCCGGAUGAUGACUCGUACAUCUGGCAGUUCCUAGCGUCUGUUGCAUUGGCAGGUAAACUUCAACACCAGAGAGUGAUUGUUGACGAGGUUAGAGACGAGAUUUUCGGAAUCAUGGGCAAGGCCCGGGUUCUGAGCGAGGAAGGUAACUCACUGGACUCGGCCAAAUUCAUUGGAAAUCUCAAUCUGUUCUUGAAUGUGAUGGGAUUGAAGGCCUCCGAGACGGACAUUUCGGAAUUGUAA